AUGUUCUCCUGUUGGACCGACGCCCAUGUUUACCGGCCGCUCUUUGACACGGACGACAACCUGUACGAGAUCCAGAAGGAGCAGGGGUCACAGCAAGCUCACCAAACCUUCAACAAGCUCCUGCAGAGGGGCGUCUCCACGAACAUCCUGAUCAUCGACCAGGCUGCAACCCACGGGGUACACGGCAAAGGCCAGGGCUUCGGAAAUCCCAUUUCCAUCCAAACGGUUGCCCUUAUAAAAGCUGCAAAGGCCUUGCAGAAGGUGUGCCGUUUUGACGCGGAGGGAACGGAUUGGCCCAUUAGCCACUUUGACGAUACUACCAGCCAGUACAGGGCCUCCUUCGGAGUAUCUUGGCCGGGGAAAACCGCGGACACGGAAGAAAAGGGCUACUAUCUAGACGCUUCUCGCAACGUGGCCUUGGACGAUAUGUGUGCGUCCGUGGCAAAAGCGCUGUACAAGCGAGGUAUUUUUGAUUCUCCCGAAGUAUCCAUGGCCGAUGGCAAGGACAUGGAGACGAUUGCACAGACACUUGGAAGUCCAACUUGGCACGUAUCCAGCGAUUUUGGCGGGAAGUAG